GCCGCUCGCCCCGCCCGGCGCCGGGGGGAGCGGGACGCGGUACCGGGCAGGGCGGCGCGUCCCCGGUGGCGGCGGCGGGGUUGACAGAGGCGGGCGGCGGCUGCGGCCCCCAUGGAUGCCAGCUAGGGGCUGCCGCACCCCUUUCGCCGGAGGCCAAAUAAUGCCGGUGCCGAUGCUGCUGGCAGCCCGGAGCCGCCGCGGGUCCCGCUGACGGCGAUGUAAGAGGCAGCAGCGCUGGCGGAGCCCGAGAAGCCCUGCGAGAUGGAGGAGCUCUACAAGGACACCCCCAGCAUCCCCAUGGACGUCACCAGCUCGCCCUCGGCCAUGGCCAACAACAAGCUGGAGAACGGCGUGGCGCAGCUGAUAACGGCGGAGGCCUGGAACAUCAACUCGGCCGACCUGAUGAAGAAGGCUCUGUCGCCGCUGGUCACGGUCCCCGCGCCCUCCAUCCUGACGCCGCCGGCCGAGUCGCAGAGCGGGGUGGCCCUAAAGGUCGCCGCCACGGUGCUGCAGCCCAUCUGUCUGGGGGACAGCCCGGUCGUCCUGCCCAUCCACCUGCAGGUGGCCGGCAGCGCCGCCCCGCAGAUGCCAGCCGCCGCCGCCGCCUCCACCCCCUACGUGAUGACCACGCAGGGCCCGGUGCCGCUGCCGGUGCUCCUGGAGCAGCACGUCUUCCAGCACCUCAACUCGCCGCUGGUGCUGCCGCCGGGCGCCGCCUGCCCCGCCAGCCCCCUGCACGCCGGCCUCUUCCCCGGCGCCACCGCUCCCGUCGGGCAGCCCCAGCUCCUGGACCCCAAGCCCUCCGGCCAGGCGCAGGAGCCGGUCCUGCCCCCCGUCUUUCAGACCCCGGGCUUCGCCGCCGUCCUGCAGGACCUGUUCCCCUCGCAGGGCACCCUGGGCUCUGCCCCUUGCCAGCCUCCCCCCGACUACGCCGGCCUGCCGCCCCAGGCCUUCAGCUCGCCCCUCUCGCCGCUGGUGCCCCCCGCCACGCUGCUGGUGCCCUACCCUGUCAUCGUGCCCCUGCCCGUCCCCGUACCCAUCCCCAUCCCCGUACCCAUCCCCGUGCCUCACGGCGCGGACACCAAGGUGGCCCCCGACCCGCCCAAGCAGCAGCAGCAGCCGCCGUCGCAGCCGCCGCCGCCGCCGCUCUUCACCCCGCACUCCUGCAAGGGCACCCAGACGCCGCUGGAGAAGGAGGAGACGAAGCCCUUCGACCUGCCGGUGCCGCGGGAGCUGCCGCAGCUGAGCCGCCACACCGUCAUCAAGAUGGGCGGCGAGAACGAAGCGCUCGACCUCUCCAUGAAAGCGCCGCCCGCGCCCCGCAACGCCGAGCCGGCCCCGGCCCCGCCGCCGCUGCCCCUCGACGACGGCGGCGCUCUGGACCUGUCCCUCACCUCCUGCCGCAAGCCGGGAGGACCCCACGGGGAGGCGGCCGGCGCCGGCCCCGCCGCUUCUGCUACCGAGGUCGCUGCCCACCCAGCGCCGGACAAGCUCUCGCUGCCGGCCGCCCCCUUUGCCCCUUGCAAGUCGCAGGAGGCGCUGGGCAAGGCGGAGGGCAGGGUGCCGGGCGAGCUGCUGCGGCAGCCGCAGAAGUGGCUGGUGGAGCAGGCGGGCAGGGCCGGCUGCGAGCCCAAGGCCGGGAACAACAUCGAGAUCGUCAGCACCUCGCAGACAGCCAAAGUCAUCGUCUCGGUGAAGGACGCCGUGCCCACCAUCUUCUGCGGCAAGAUCAAGGGCCUGUCGGGGGUGUCCACCAAAAACUUUUCCUUCAAAAGGGACCUGCCCCAGGACUCGGUGCUGCAGUGCUACGACGUGAAGAGCCCUCCCGAGCCCCGCGACAGCGCCGAAGCCCUCAGGAAACCGGUUAAAAACCGCAGCGUGAAGCUAAAGAAAAUGAACUCCCCGGAGAUCCACAUCCUGCCCAUCAAGAAGCAGCGGCUCGCUGCCUUCUUCCCCAGGAAGUGAAUAAAUUAUGGCUUUGCAGAGGGUUAAGGUUAUGAUCAGAAGGAAGAAACGAAACAAACAAACAAAAAAAAAAAAGGACCCCAAAAAAUUAAUAAAAAAAAAAAAAAAGAAAAGGAAAAAAAAAUGCACUUGGGUUUGAAACUCAAAACUUUUAUCUUUGUAAGUUAUUUGGGGGAGGGGAGGGAGAGGGGGGGGAAAAAAGGGGGAGAGGCUGGGAAGUGGAGUCCUAAGUUGGUUGUUUGGGUUGGGUUUGGUUUUUUUUUUUUUUUUUUUUGUUUCAUUUUUUUUUCUUCUUCUUCCCUGUUUGUUUCGUUUCCUUAUCACAAUUUGACCUUUUGUUGUCGUUUGGGUUUGGGGUUCUUUUUGUUUUCUUUUGUUGCGUUUUUGGUUUUCUUUUGGUGGUGUUUUUUUUUUUUCCCCUCUCCCUCCCCCGUGGGAAACUGAAUUAAAAAAAGAAAGAAAAAAAAAAAAAAAGCAAACCUAUUUUUCAAGCAGAUUGCACAUUUUUUGCAGCUUUAAUGGGGGGGGGGGGGGAGGGGGAGCAAGGGGACGAGUCAGAAGAAGGGGUUCAGAGCUAUUUUCACUGCCAUGAAGUGCUUUGAUGAUGUAAUUCUUCGUAAUGGUCAGAAUGGAAGUUUCAGAAAUAAAUGUUUGUAUGUGCUCA